GGCAGGGGCGCGCGCUGGAUGGGCCGCGGCUGAGCCCUCCCUCUGCUUCUUGUCCUCUUCAGAAGAAUUCUUCUUGGCUGGGCCAAAAGAGGGUUCUGAGCAGGGCCAGGUCAGCGUGUCACCCUUAACACCUGGCUCUCCUUGUUUUGAAUAUAACCUGCACAAACCAAAUCCAGAAGAAACAGAAAAUAAAGGAAUGCAAGAGGAUAAAAGAAUGGAUCCAUCAUCAGGGGCCAGAUCAAUUGUGGUUCAGGUGGAGGGAAUGACAUGCAGUUCUUGCGUGCAGACAAUUGAGCAGCAUAUUGGGGAACUAAAUGGCGUUCACGUCAUUAAAGUUUCCCUGGAUGAGAAGAGCGCCACCAUUGUUUACAACCCCAAAGAACAAACCCCACAGUCGCUCCAGGAAGCCAUUGAAGACAUGGGGUUUGAUGCUGUUCUUGGCAACACCAACUCACAGUCCGUUCCACAUGACACCACUUUUCUUAUGAUCCCCACCCAGGCAGCUCUAACCUGUGAACAGAUUCGUACCGACCUCCUAAAGAUCAAAGGCAUCCUGGAUGUGAAAAUCUCUUCUGACAAAACAACUCUAGUCGUAACCUUUAUCUCUUCUAUUCUAAAUAGCAAACAGAUUAAUCAAAUAGUACCGGGAUUAAAUUCGGAUAAUGCAUUACAAGAUGAAAAUCAAGGAACAUUUGAAGAUGUAAGUUUAAACCAAAUAAAUGACGUGGUGCUGAGAUUGAAAAUAGAGGGGAUGACGUGCCAUUCCUGUACGAGCACCAUUGAAGGAAAGAUUGGCAAGCUGCAAGGGGUCAAGCGAAUUAAAGUUUCCCUGGAUAAUCAGGAAGCUGUGGUCUCUUACCAGCCUCACCUCAUUACAUCAGAAGAAAUAAAGAAGCAAAUUGAAGCAGCAGGAUUCAUCGCCUCUGUAAAGAAAAUGCCUAAACCACUCCAGCUCGGCUCUAUUGACAUAGAGCGGCUCAAGAGCAGCCAAACCAAACGCUCGGAAAGGACCCCGCGGGAAAGUUCUGAAGGCGAGCUGAGCAUGAAGACUGUCGCCUUCCACGUGGAUGGCAUGCACUGCAAUUCGUGCGUGUUCAAUAUCCAGAACAGCCUCUUGGCGCUUCCUUCGGUGAGCCGCAUCACGGUGUCUUUGCAAGAGAAGUCAGCCGUCGUCCAGUAUAACCCCACCCUCAUCAGCCUCAGUGCACUCAGAAGGGCGAUUGAGGCCGUCUCCCCGGGGACUUUCAAGGUCUGUGUUUUGGAUGCCCACGAAAAGGCCGAGCACCUGAACAACUCCAAAUCCCCAUCAAAGUCUUCUCUUCCAGCAGCUGUCCAGAACAUCGGGCCUCAUCCCCUGAUGCUGGUGACUGUCAUCCGCAUCGGAGGAAUGACGUGCCAUUCGUGCGUGCAGUCGAUCGAGGGGCUCAUUUCACAGAAACCUGGUGUGAAAUCAGUCUGUGUGUCAUUGCGGGACCGAAAUGGGACUAUUGAAUAUGACCCAACUCUAACCUCUCCAGCCGAUUUAAAAAACUCAAUUGAAGACAUGGGCUUUGAUGCCUCCAUAGCUGGGCCGCCAAGUCCAGAUCCCAUGGUGCUCAUCACUCAGCCUUCCCAGGAAAGGCUGGCUAGAACUCAAGAAAGCAAGCUGCCCAAAACAGUCGCUCAUGCCAACCUGUCGCCAGCUCCAAAUAGAUUGGGCUUGAAGGCACCAUCCAAAUGCUACAUUCAGAUCACUGGCAUGACCUGCGCUUCUUGCGUGGCAAACAUUGAGAGGAACCUGAAGAGGGAAGAUGGAAUAUGCUCUGUGCUCGUUGCUCUGAUGGCUGGGAAGGCUGAAGUGAGAUACGACCCUUCCGUCAUCCAGCCCCCGACUAUAGCAGAGAGGAUUAGAGAACUGGGGUUUGGUGCUACUGUGCUGGAGGAUUAUGAUGAAGGAGAUGGCGUCUUGGAGCUGAUUGUAAGAGGGAUGACUUGUGCCUCGUGUGUUCAUAAAAUAGAAUCGACCCUUAUGAAAACCAAAGGGGUUUUGUACAGCUCAGUGGCUCUGGCAACCAACAAAGCCCAUGUUAAGUAUGAUCUGGAGAUCAUUGGCCCUCGAGAUAUUAUACAGAUUAUACAGAAUCUAGGAUUUAAUGCUACUUUGGUAAAGAAAGACCGAUCUGCUAGCCACUUAGACCACAAGCAGGAAAUAAGGCAGUGGAAACGGUCCUUCCUUGUAAGCCUCCUUUUCUGCAUCCCUGUAAUGGGGCUCAUGAUUUACAUGAUGGUGAUGGACAGUCACAUGUCAGCGGCUUCUAACAUGACUCAAGAAGACAUAGAAGACAACCACCCGUCCAUGUUCCUGGAGCAGCAGAUUCUUCCUGGGUUGUCCAUUAUGAAUUUGCUCUCCUUUUUAUUGUGUGUUCCUGUUCAGUUCUUCGGAGGCUGGCACUUCUACAUUCAAGCCUACAAAGCGCUGAAGCAUAAAACAGCCAACAUGGACGUGCUGAUUGUUCUGGCCACGACCAUCGCCUUUGUCUACUCCUUUGUAGUUCUUCUGGUUGCAAUGGCCGAGCAGGCAGUGGUCAAUCCAGUGACUUUUUUUGACACACCACCAAUGCUCUUCGUGUUUAUUGCAUUGGGGCGCUGGUUGGAACAUGUGGCAAAGGGUAAAACAUCAGAGGCCCUCGCGAAGCUAAUUUCACUACAAGCAACAGAAGCAACGAUUGUUACUUUAGGUCCAGAUAACAUCCUCGUGAGCGAAGAGCAAGUGGACGUUGAACUAGUUCAGCGGGGUGACAUCGUGAAGGUGGUUCCAGGUGGCAAGUUUCCCGUGGAUGGCCGAGUGAUUGAAGGACACUCAAUGGUAGACGAAUCGCUCAUCACAGGUGAAGCAAUGCCUGUGAUGAAAAAACCUGGAAGUUCAGUCAUAGCAGGUUCGAUUAAUCAGAAUGGAUCCCUGUUGAUCUCGGCAACCCAUGUUGGGUCUGACACUACCCUCUGCCAGAUCGUAAAGCUUGUGGAAGAAGCUCAAACAUCAAAGGCACCAAUUCAGCAGUUUGCUGAUAAACUGAGCGGCUAUUUUGUUCCUUUCAUUGUUGGCGUUUCUGUGAUUACACUUUUUGCGUGGAUUGUGAUUGGCUUUGUUAAUUUUCAACUGGUAGAAACCUAUUUUCUUGGCUAUAAUAAGAGCAUUUCCAAAGCAGAGGUCGUGAUCCGCUUUGCUUUUCAAGCUUCCAUCACCGUGCUGUGUAUCGCCUGCCCUUGUUCCUUGGGAUUAGCCACUCCAACCGCUGUGAUGGUGGGAACUGGCGUAGGAGCACAAAACGGCAUCUUGAUCAAAGGCGGAGAACCGCUGGAGAUGGCACACAAGGUUAAAGUUGUGAUGUUUGAUAAAACAGGAACCAUCACCCAUGGAACUCCAGUGGUGAUGCAGAUGAAGAUGCUAGUGGAGAGUAACCGGAUACCCCGCAUGAAAGUCUUGGCACUGAUGGGAACCGCGGAGAGCCACAGUGAGCACCCUUUAGGAGCAGCAAUCACAAAGUACUGCAAACAGGAAUUGGAUGCAGAUACCCUUGGGACGUGCACUGAUUUCCAGGUGGUGCCCGGCUGUGGUAUUAGCUGUAAAGUUACCAAUAUUGAAGCCUUACUCCGUAGCAAAAGUGAAACUGUGGAAGAGACCAAUGUCAGGAACGCUGCUCUAGUGAACAUGGAUGAGAAGACUGAUCCCCUCAUGCAGCCAGCUUUGAUCAUCAAUGAGCAGGUGCCAGUUUUCCCUUCAGACACAUGGAUGUUGCACAAAUACUCUGUUCUCAUUGGAAACCGAGAGUGGAUGUCUAGGAACGGCCUUCUUCUCAAAAGUGACAUUGACGAAACCAUGAUGGAGCACGAGCGCCGAGGCCGCACAGCAGUUCUUAUAGCUGUGGAUGGGGAGUUGUGUGGCCUGGUAGCCAUUGCUGACACCGUGAAGCCUGAAGCGGAUCUUGCUGUGCGGACUCUGAAGGGGAUGGGUUUGGAGGUGGUCCUGAUAACGGGGGACAAUGGCAAAACUGCCAGGUCGAUUGCUUCUCAGGUUGGCAUCACAAAAGUAUUUGCUGAAGUGCUCCCCUCCCACAAAGUUGCCAAAGUGAGGCAGCUGCAGGAAGAAGGGAAGCGGGUGGCUAUGGUGGGCGAUGGCAUCAAUGAUUCCCCAGCCCUGGCCAUGGCUGAUGUUGGCAUUGCCAUUGGCACAGGCACAGACGUGGCUAUAGAAGCAGCUGACGUGGUUUUGAUCAGGAAUGAUUUGCUGGAUGUGGUGGCAAGCAUAGAUUUAUCACGGAAAACUGUUAAAAGGAUACGAAUCAACUUCAUCUUUGCUCUCAUAUACAAUCUUAUUGGUAUUCCUGUCGCUGCAGGUGUCUUCCUGCCGAUUGGCUUGGUUCUGCAGCCUUGGAUGGGCUCUGCAGCGAUGGCAGCCUCCUCUGUGUCCGUUGUGUUGUCUUCUCUGCUGCUAAAACUUUAUAAGAAGCCUACCUGUGAGAAGUACGAGCGCCACGCCCGCACCCAGGUGAGGUGCAAGAGCACCUCAGAAAUCAGUGUCCAUAUUGGGAUCGAUGACGUUGGGCCAGGGUCUCCGAAACUGAGCCUCAUGGACCGAAUUAUUCACUACAGCCAAGCCUCCAUCAGCUCCCUCUUCUCCGACAAGCACUCCCUCAACAACAUGGCCCUGAGCGAGCCGGACAAGCACUCGCUUCUGGUGGGGGACUCCCAGGAGGAAGACGACACGACCGUCUGAAGAGGCUGAGCAGGGCUGAGGGCUCGGCUGUUCGGGCAUCUCUUGUGCUUGACCUGCUCAGCUGAAGUGGUGCAGGAACUCUGGAUUUUCUUUCCCCCCCAGGGAGAUCAGAGUCUUCUACACUGUUUUGCCCCUCUGAGCAGCCGCAAUGGGACAAAAGAUUCCAGAAGGAAGCAGAACCCGGAGCUACAGUACUGAGUUGCUUUUCAAGUUGCUUUUUGGGGGGAAGAAGCCAAAAUAAGGAUACCUCCCAGCUACCAGCAGACAGUUUCUAGGUCUUGUUCCCCCCCCCCCCCCAUUUGCCAAAGAAGCGUGCCUUACUUCUACAUCGGAGCAGAGGCAUUCUCAGGACACGUCACGGCUGGAACUGGGAGAGAGAGAAAGCAGAGCGGUCCUUCUGUUUGAUGUCUUGCCUCUUGGCCAACCACAGACUGUAUCCUCCUCCUCCUCCUCCUCCUCCUCCUCCUCCUCCUGCUCCUGCUCCUGCUCCUGCUCCUGCUCCUGCUCCUGCUGAAGCUGUUGAGAGCCAGUCAGACCAGGCUGGUACCUUCUGGGCCUCAGCAGGACUCCACCUUGUCUGUCCCACCCUCAUUUGUGGCUUGUGAGGAAUGCAGGAACAGACUCUUGUGGUGAGCUUGCCCUUCCUUCCCCUGCCUGAUUUGCAGGAAUCAAAGCCGUGCCAUCCUUCCCUGCUCCCUCAAGUUUCUUCCCUUCUUGUUUUGUGUGGGGAUCCAGCCAAACCAGCUCUUCCUUCUUCCUCCAGUCAUCAUCCAGUACCCUUAAAGACCUGAGAUUGCCAGUGGCCUCCCUGUUGUUCUCAACUGUUUGUAUCAUGUGAAGAAUAAUGUCUCAGGUUUGCCUGGCUGAGAGAAUUCAGAGGCUGGGGCCUCCUCCCCCCCCUCCACCCUGUAAGAUCAGUCUUCCUCCAACACUGACUUCAAAAGACAAGCUUUGACUUGAUGGUGAGCAGCUGUAGGGAGAACAGAAUUGGCUUUGUUGCUUUUAUAAUUUUGAAUUAGUGAGAAUUGCGGGAAUUAGCCCUGAGAGAUCAGUGGCGUCUUUUUUACCUGAUGAUGAUGAACUUGUCUUCAUUUAAAACGGUGAGAUACACCUGUCAGGAUCAAAGUUCAUGAAAAAGAUUGUUUACUUAAUUUUCAGUUUGGUUUAAGUCACACAAUUUAGGUAUUUUAAUCCCCCUUAUAAAACCCUUUGGAAUACCCGGCUAAAGAAACAUAGCCACAGCUUUUAAAAAUCCUUUCUCUUCUUUUAGUCCUCCAGGAGUGGCCUCUGGAAGAGAGAGGGCUCAGAAAGCAGCAGCAAUUGUGCUGGCAAUACAAAAAGAAAGAACUGCAAAAUUCUUUGUAGAUGAGUGAAAAUCCACUUCCAGGGGUGUCUUGCACUACUUAUUUAUCUUUCCUGGGAGUUGCACACAAAAAACAUCCCCAAUGGCCCAUUGCAUCCACUAAGAACUCCAAGAGAGAGGAAAAGUAAAAUUGUGCCCAAGGAGCAGUGAUGGGUUGCAGGCAGUACGCCCCGGUACGGGCGUACCGGAACCUGCCUGGAACACUGGGUACCAUCCCGGUACAG